AUGACUAUCGAAGAACAGACAAUCCAUCAUGAUAAAAUUGAAAUGAAUUAAUUUUUGGAACAAUCAUGAGUGGACGAGUUGGCGAUCUCAGUAAAGAGCAGGAAGAUUGUUUGAAAAAGUUUAAAGAAAGAGUACAGGAUGUUUUAAAACCACCACAUGAUGAUCAUUAUCUUUUAAGAUGGUUAAGAGCAAGAAAUUUCGAUUUGAAAAAAUCAGAGACCAUGUUGAGAAAUCAUGUUGCUUGGAGGGCUCAAGAAAAUGUAGAAAACAUUCAAGACUGGGAAUGUCCAGAGGUGAUCCAGAAGUACUUUACUGGGGGUCUGUUUGGAAAGGAUGUGGAUGGAUGUCCAGUCUGGAUUGACCCAUUUGGACAGAUAGAUUUAAAAGGAAUGUUAAAGUCAGCCAAAAAAGCUGACAUUAUCAGGGCCAAAGUUCAGCUCCUUGAAAAGCUUCACAACAAGACAUUUCCAGAAUUCAGUGCAGAGAGAGGGAAGAGAAUAGAUUCUCUAGUUAUCCUAUAUGACCUUGCCAAGCUUGGAAUGAAACAUCUGUACAAACCAGGUGUCGAUGCAUAUUGUGAAAUGUUAACAAUGUUUGAAGAUCAUUACCCUGAAACUUUGAAAUAUGCCAUAGUCAUAAAUGCCCCAAGAUUUUUUCCUAUAGCCUACAAUAUUGUGAAACCAUUUCUAUCCGAGGCAACGGCUAAGAAGACAAUUAUCUUAGGAACUAAUUAUCGUGACACUUUAUAUCGGUACAUCUCUCCAGAAGAGUUACCAGUUUGUUAUGGAGGUAAACACACAGAUCCAGAUGGGGACCCUACAUGUAAAUCACAGAUUGGACAAGGAGGUGAUGUACCAAAGUCGUACCAGAGGCAGCAGAUGCUUUCAGCAGAGAUAGAUAAUGCAGUGUGUGUGACUGUGGGACGAGGCUCCUCCUUCCAAGUGGAAUGUGAAGUUCCUGUCAAAAACAGUGCAAUAAGAUGGCAGUUUUCUACCCAAGGAUUUGACAUAGGAUUUGGGGUUUACCGGCGUACAAAGGAGGAGAGACAGAAAGCUACUGACAUGGAGGAGGUCCUCCCCAGUAAACGAGUGAACUCUCACCUGGUGCCAGAGGACGGAAGUGUUACCUGUACCGAUGUAGGAAUGUAUAUUCUUCGAUUUGAUAAUACCUUUAGCUGGACCAGGAGUAAGAGAAUUCAAUACCUUGUAGAGAUUCUAGAGCCAGACACUGAGGACUUCACCAAUCCCAACGCCUCUAAGGCCAGCUUCAAAGUCAAACAUUAAUGUUAGCCGGUGUUAGAAUUUUCCUAUGAAAAAAUGUUGUUAUAUGCUAAUACAUUAGGUUAUGAGUGGUAUGAAAACAGCAGAGUAGUUAUUAGAUUAUAUAGAUAUGUUUAAGUUUAUAUAUUUUAUCUUGGUUCAUCUUCUUCAGCAGAAAAAGUCAUAAAAUGGUGCCAAAGAUCAAUAUCUAAUUAUUUAAAAUAUGUUUGAUGUUUUUAAUUUAUUGGAAAUUGAUGAUACAUGCCAUAUAAAUUAUGAAAGGUUUAUCUUAACUCUUUAAGGUUUAAUUUUUAACCCCUGCUCUAAAUUUCAUUUUUAUUGAAUUCCAACAUUGAUUCGAAGAUGUAAAGAUAUAUGUUUUUUCUUAAAAAUGCUUUGAUAGUCCCAUUUAUUAAUUCAGAGAUUAGUUUCUUUAUUUUCAAUCACAGUCAGUUGACGAAUGGUUGUAACAUGAUCCUCUGCCUUCCGUUUGUGAAUUAUUUAAGAAUUCCUAGUUUAUCAUACCAAUACUUUGAUAUUUGAUAUCAUUAGCUCUUCUACGACAAUGUCUUAAAAUCAUCAAACUUUGUGUCAUUUUGGAGUUGUAGAGUAUGAUUACCAAAAGUGACUAACUUUUAGAAUCUAAUUAAUAAUCUCAUGGCUAUAUCUAAAAAUUUAAGAUAAAUAUGUGGCUUUGAAUUUUCACACUUUGUCAGAUUCAUCUUGGGUUCUCAGAGUGUUUUAACUAAAAUGUAAGUCAUGAUGACCUACUUUUUGAAUUUCAAGGUUUAUAUAAAUAUACAGGGUACUUAGAGGCCUCAAAUAGAAGUGAUAUUUGUUGUAAAAUUUAUCUGAAGAGCUAUUCAAGGCUUUUGGGCCUUUUGUUUUUAGUUGUUAUAUUCCAUAAAAGUGAAGUCUCUAAAAAUUAAAAAACAGAAAAUGAUAAACAAAAACGAAGUAUUGGUUAGAUAGGCUAAAAAUUUGAUAAGUUAUAAUUAUCAGAAGGAAUUGGGUUUAAAUCAAUCGUUCCUCUGAUGAUUUUGCUGUCAAUGGUCCCAUUUGUAAAAUAAAUAUAAGAUACAAAGUGGUUAAAGAUUUUCAUAUGGUUUUUCAAAAAAUUGGUUAGGUCUUUCAUCUGUCCUUGCUUAAAUUCAGCUAUUAUAAAGAAGUAGAAGAAUAUUUUAUAAUAAAAUUUAUACAAUUUUUUUUUUAUUAAUUUGUUAAGUAUCAGUAUUUUUAAUUGAAUUCAAAUUAAGGAAUAGGAACAUAGGUAUUUGAAGUAAACUGAGUAGAAAGGUAUUGAAAUUUCAAAUUUGGAAAUAUCUUUUCAUAGUUCACAUUUAAUAUUGUUAAUAUUGAAAGUCUUUAACCUGCUACAUACUAUCAGGAAAAGAUAUUCAUUUUGAUUAAUUCAUAUAGAAUAUGAUAUGUACAUGUAUUUGUAAUAUUUUUUAUGAUUAUAUUUACCUCUAUUGUUGUUGUUUUUUAAUUAAUAGUUUAUUGUUCUGUUGUAUAUUUU